GGUUGGUUAAAAACUUAUGGCUACUUGCUUCCAUCUGACAGCCAAAUGUCUGCCGCGCAGUCAGGAAAAGCUGUGCAGUCUGCAGUGGCCACUAUGCAACAGUUUUAUGGGAUCCCAGUAACAGGAGUUUUGGACCAAACAACUCUUGAGUGGAUGAAGAAGCCUCGAUGUGGAGUUCCAGAUCAUCCCCACCUAGGCCAUAGCCGGAGGAAAAAGCGGUACGCACUAACAGGGCAAAAAUGGAGGCAGAAACAUAUAACCUACAGUGUACACAACUAUACCCCCAAGGUUGGAGAGCUUGAUACAAGGAGAGCCAUUCGUCAGGCAUUUGAUGUUUGGCAGAGAGUGACACCACUUACCUUUGAAGAGGUCCCUUACCAUGAAAUUAAAAAUGACAGGAAGGAGGCAGAUAUUAUGAUAUUUUUUGCCUCUGGUUUCCAUGGAGACAGUUCUCCGUUUGAUGGAGAAGGUGGAUUCCUAGCUCACGCUUACUUUCCUGGACCAGGAAUAGGAGGGGACACUCACUUUGAUUCAGAUGAGCCGUGGACCCUGGGAAAUUCCAAUCAUGAUGGGAAUGAUCUCUUUCUGGUCGCAGUCCAUGAGCUGGGACACGCGCUGGGUCUGGAACACUCCAAUGAUCCCAGCGCGAUCAUGGCUCCUUUCUACCAGUACAUGGAAACACACAACUUCAAACUGCCCCAGGAUGACCUUCAAGGAAUUCAGAAAAUCUAUGGUCCUCCUAUUGAGCCGCUGGAGCCAACCAGGCCUUUACCAACUCUUCCUGUUCGCAGAAUUCAUUCCACUUCGGAAAGAAAACACGAGAGACAGCCUAGACCUCCUAGUCCUCCUCUAGGUGACAGGCCAUCUCCUCCUGGCACAAAACCGAACAUCUGCGAUGGCAAUUUUAACACCGUGGCUCUCUUUAGAGGAGAAAUGUUUGUUUUCAAGGAUCGCUGGUUCUGGCGUCUGCGCAACAACCGGGUGCAGGAGGGAUAUCCCAUGCAAAUUGAGCAGUUCUGGAAAGGUCUCCCUGCAAAGAUUGAUGCCGCCUAUGAGAGGUCUGAUGGAAAAUUCGUUUUCUUCAAAGGAGAUAAAUACUGGGUUUUUAAGGAAGUGACGGCAGAGCCAGGAUACCCACACAGUCUUGUGGAGCUGGGGAACUGUCUGCCCCGGGAAGGCAUCGACACAGCUUUGCGUUGGGAGCCUGUGGGCAAAACCUACUUCUUCAAAGGAGACAGGUACUGGAGAUACAACGAGGACAAGAGAGCAACGGACCCAGGAUACCCAAAGCCCAUCACUGUGUGGAGAGGAAUCCCUCAGGCUCCACAAGGCGCUUUUAUCAGCAAAGAAGGCUUUUAUACCUACUUCUACAAGGGGAAGGAGUAUUGGAAGUUUGAUAACCAGAGGCUGAAUGUGGAGCCAGGCUACCCCAGGUCAAUCCUCAAAGACUGGAUGGGCUGUAACCAGAAGGAUGUUGAGCGAAGCAAAGACAGACGCCUCCCCCACGACGAUGUGGAUAUUAUGGUGACAAUAAAUGAUGUGCCUAGCACUGUAAAUGCAAUUGCAGUUGUGAUCCCUUGCAUUUUGUCUCUGUGUAUCCUUGUCUUGGUGUACACGAUCUUCCAGUUUAAAAACAAAGAGGUGCAGCAAAAUGUUGUGUACUACAAAAGACCUGUCCAGGAGUGGGUAUGACACAGUCAGCUGCACAUCGACCUGAUGAGGAUAUGGACAAAAAAAAAAAAAAAAAAAAAAGAAAUGCAUUCAAAGCCUACCAAACAAAACUACUUCAGUGACUUACAAGUUUUGGACAUCCUGGGACUGAAAGCAGCAGGAAAACUGGAAAAAAAAUACAGGCAGUGUGGAGCCUCGUUCCUUCUUAAUGCCUCAGUCGUGUAAGUCUUGGUGUGCCAUUCUCCACAGGCCCACUCUGCAAACAUCAGAGACUUCAAGACAGGUUUUCUUCAAACUUCUCAACCGUCUUGGGAAAGUUCUGUCAGUUCCCUGCACCAGUGCUCCCUGUUAAACCCAGCAUUCUCCAGUGUAGCUAAACCACCUCUGAACAGAACCAUUUUUUUAAUAGCUCUCAUAAAUGAAUUAAGAUCAUGAAACCUAUGAACAGGAACAAUUCAGUAUCGUAAGCAGAAGACAUUCUGAUGCUGAGCCAUUCUAAGAGAUCUUCUUAGUUUAUUACAAAAACCAGGGAAUUAACCUGGAAACAAUUUUCCAAUACCUGCUGGUCAGAUGUUUUGUACAUUCAUAACUAAUCAACGCUGCCACUCAGCACCGUGCACGAGGAACCAUUAACCCCUCCGAGAGGUCAACGAGUGCCGAGCAGAAGCUCACGAAGCACCAAACCAGACACCAUAAUGUUACUUGGCAACAUCAAGUCCUACAUUGGGACAGUCUGAAGACAAAGUAAUUGUGUCUAACAACACCAAUUAUGGGAAUACACGUUUUUGUUUUGGGAGCCAUUCACGAAAGAAUGAUGUCAUAUGAUGUUAAGCUCCCAUGAGCCAGAAAGCCGCGGUUACCAAUAUAAUGAAAAAUGUAUAAAUGUAGACUGCACUCUGCCCCCGUUAAGAUGCUGGGAAAAGAUGAAUUGUUGUUAUGUGGCAUGUGUAACUAGAUUGUGGAAUUUGUACGUGGGGUUUCAGGAGAAUGGAAAUGUUUGUUUGGAGUGAGAUCGUCAGUAUGUUUUGCUGAAAUAGUCAAGGUACAGUAAGAAUUAGGCCUGUUUAUAAAACAAAAUCCAAUCCCUGUAGAUGUUACAAA